GGCAUUUUCUUCAACCAAGGUCCCAUAACAUAUCAUUCCCGUGCAAUCGUUCGAAUCACGCCACCCUGUGACCCCACGCACAACAACCUUCCAAUGCAUAAGUUGACUUCCUCGCUUGACCCGUUAUACUCUUCUGGUGGGAAGGGAUCCAUGCGGUAUUUCUUUCUUCACGGGGGUUACUCUCGGUUACCUUUCCCCGAUGAUGAGGUUUCAGUCGAGGCCAAGGUUCUAGUCUUCAAUGGACAGGGCAAGAUUGUAUUCGACCACAGCGCAGAUGAACCAACCUCUCAGUACCGCUUCAUCAGCCGCGCCUUGGUAUCUGUUGAUGACCGACAAGACGCCUACGUACCCGCUAGAACCUUCGUAGAAACAUUAUUGAAGAACAUUUCCAUCCCCACACUGCUAUUCGCUGAGAUUCCACGGGACCAGGUCAUUGCGGGGGACACCGAGGAGGAUAGCCACAUCCUCGUCACCCUAGGCCGCACCGGCCUCGACCAAGCCUCCUUCCAAGACUACGAGUACCUGAAAAGCAUGCUCCACAGCUUCGUGCCGCGCUUCGCGACGGUCGUCUCCCAGAUCAGCGACGCGUACCUCCCCGGAGAUGCGCGCAACCUCUCCGACCAGAUCGCCGGCCUGAUGAUGCCUGACCCGGCAGCAGGGGGGACAAAGGAUCUCCGCACGUUCCUUGCGCUCUACGCCAAGCGGUAUGUGCAUGAGGUCUUGGGCGCAGAGGAGAUCCUGAAGCGGUGCCUGAUGCACAUGGUCAAGAUGCCGUUUGAGCUGGAGUCGUCGAUUCGGUAUGGGCUGAUUGUCAACUGAAUUGGCGGAGCGUGGGUUGUUGGAGCGAGACGCUGUACAUAAUAGAAACUAGUGGGGUCUUGUAUCUGCGGCUGGAAUGUAUAAUAUGUUGUUUUACAUAGGGACUUUUGGGCAUCGGAUUGAGCAUUAUUACCGAAUCGUGUGCUUCUGGGUGGUGGAGAUGUACCUAUGUUGGACCCGAGGGGCCGAGAUCCGAGAUCGCCGACGGGGGUCUAACCCACUCUAGGGCACUAAUGUACGUAAGAUGACUAGUUGAGAUUGGAUUCGAACAUUGCACGGGAUAUAAUCAAGUCGAG